AUGAGAAAGCCAGACCAAACUGGGAGAGAAAAAGUUUGUAGUGAUAAUGCUGUUAGCAAGGGAAUAAUGUUGAAGGUUCGAAAGGGGUUAUGGUCACCUGAAGAAGACCAGAAGUUGAUCGAUUAUAUGUUGAAGAAUGGACAAGGUUGUUGGACCGAUAUAGCCAGGAAUGCUGGGCUUCAAAGAUGUGGAAAGAGUUGCCGCCUUCGUUGGAUCAAUUACUUGAGACCCGAUCUCAAGCGUGGCUCAUUUUCUCCCGAAGAACAAGACAUGAUUCUUCAUUUGCAUUCGAUUCUUGGCAAUAGGUGGUCACAAAUAGCUGCACGUCUUCCAGGAAGGACAGAUAACGAAAUAAAAAAUUUCUGGAACUCAACAAUAAAGAAAAGGUUGAAGACCAACAUGAGUGACGCCUCCACGACCUCGACAGAUAAUAGUAUUGGCGAGUUGUCUUUAGACGCAAGCACAGGUAUUACAGGAGGGGAUGGUAUGUUCAUGUCGAUCCAUGACUAUGAGAUCAUGACCAUGUGCAUCGACUCAUGUUUGACAUCGCAGAAUAGAUCAUUAUCAAUGCAUAAUAAUCCCCCUAUGCUCAUGGAGGGUCAUGACUAUAUUGGUCAUUUGCCACCAUUGAUUAUUGAUAACAGCAACUGUGACACAAAUGGUGGAUCAAGUUUCUUGAACAGCUCCGGAUGUGGGGAUUAUGUUGAAGUACCCAACAUGUUUGGAAUGGAAAAUGGCAUUACUAACCCUGCAGUGAUCAACAGAGUGAUUGAAGGGGAUGUUAAUGCUACUGUUCAUCAUCAUGCGUUGGAUAAAAAAUCAACCCAUGUUAAUCACCAUUUCAAUGGGGGUAGUGAUGGAAAUAUGAAAGUGGAGGAGGUGGUUGGCUUUGGAAAUCAUUGGCCAGGAGAAAGCUUCAGAAUUGGAGAAUGGGAUUUGGAGGGUUUUUUUCCCAAUGUUUCUUCAAUACCUCAUCUUGAUUUCUAG